ACCAGUGAUCACGUCAGAUCUGGGAAACUCGCUGCGCGAAGGACCAAAACUCAAGUUCAGAUUGGGCUAGGCCUACCCAUAUUGACUAAGGCUGAUGCCUUGUUGCCAGGCCCAGCCCAAAACAGCUCACAGGACUGGCAGGAGGGCUUCGGGGCUCGCACUUUUCUGUUUUCAGUGAGCCGCCUCUCCUCCGCCUUGUUUCGCUCCAUUCCCCGAGGUCGAGGGUACAGGUUCCUCGUGUUCUUCUCCGAAUCCCGACGCCGCAGUCAAUUCUUGGUUGUUGGUUCCCACCUCCACCUUCUAUCCCACACGGUGCUGACUUCCGGGGGGCCAGGGGGAUCAGAAGUUCAGAGCGCGUCGUUGCGUAGCCGCUGCUGUCAAUACACAAUACACAGAGCGACAAACAGGGGCGUGCGUGCAUUGGUGGAUUAAGCGCAGCAGAUGCGCCAUUCCUGUGCGCGAGGAGCGCCGAUAGUCGGCAGCCGCAGCGCGGAAUGGGCUCGAGGCAGAGGCGGCGCUACCACGGCGGGUGCGCGGCGCCGGGAGCGGCGGCGUGUUGGGCGGCGGCGCUGCUUCUUCUCAUGCUCGCAUUCCACUGCGUCCUGUCGCCGCCGCUAGGCCACGGAGGCCGCAGCGAUCCUCUCCGGCCCCAGAGCCCCACGUUUGUGCAGUCGAACAAUCUGGGUGAAUUGCGCAGGAAUGUGCUUGCUAUGGAUACGAAUGCGCACGCUUCUAACGUUAUAUGUGAUGGGAGCAAAAUGGGGGAAGAACUCUGGGACUCGGGGACAGGAAACGACUUCUACGGUUGUAGCAACGCGAGCACUGAGUUUGCAGGAGCUGAAGCUAACACCGAAUCAAAUAGGUACUUGAUGAUUGAGGCUAGUGGUGGGUUGAACCAGCAACGAACAGGGAUCAUAGAUGCUGUCGUAGCAGCACGCAUUCUUAAAGCAACUCUUGUUAUACCAAAGCUCGAUCAGAAAUCUUUCUGGGAAGAUUCAAGUGAUUUUGCUGAUAUCUUUGAUGCUGAUUACUUCAUAUCCUCCCUCUCAGAAGACGUAAAGAUCAUACAGCAACUACCUGAUAGGAUCAGCAAAAAGUCUCUCCCAUACAAGAUACGUGUCCCUAGGAAAUGUACACCGUUAUGCUAUGAAAACCGAGUGCUGCCUGCUCUUUCGAAGAAAAAUGUGGUUCAAUUAACCAAAUUCGAUUACCGGGUUUCGAAUCGGUUAGAAACUUAUCUUCAAAAAUUGAGAUGUAGAGUCAAUUAUCACGCAUUGCGAUUUACUGAGACAAUACAUAAAAUGGGUGAAAUUCUUGUUCAGAGAAUGAGAGAGAAAAGUGGUGGACGCUUUAUUGCUCUUCAUUUAAGAUUUGAGCCUGACAUGCUUGCCUUCUCGGGAUGCUACUUUGGAGGUGGGGAAACAGAGAGAAGAGAGUUGGGCACAAUACGUAAGAGAUGGAAGACUUUGCAUGAAGCCAAUCCUGACAGAGAACGGCGCCAUGGCAAGUGCCCCCUAACACCGGAGGAGGUUGGAUUAAUGCUGAGGGCUUUAGGAUUUGGAAGGGGUGUACACAUGUAUGUUGCAUCAGGAGAUGUGUAUGGUGGAGAGGAAACUUUGGCACCACUGAAGGCACUUUUCCCAAAUUUUUACUCAAAGGAGACACUGGCAAGCAAAGAAGAGCUGGAACCAUUCUUGCCAUUCUCUUCUCGCAUGGCUGCCCUUGAUUUCGUUGUCUGCGAUCAGAGCAAUGUGUUUGUGACGAAUAACAACGGCAACAUGGCCAGAAUGUUGGCUGGUCGGAGGAGAUAUUUUGGACACAACCGGACCAUAAGACCGAACACUAGAAAGCUUAACUCCCUCUUUCUGAACCGAACCAGUAUGAGUUGGGACAGCUUUGCAUCCAAAGUUCAGAUGUUUCAAAAGGGCUUCAUGGGGGAGCCAAAUGAGGUUGAGCCUGGAAGAGGUGGAUUCUAUGAGUACCCAUUGGAUUGCAUCUGUAAAAAGAGCAAUGCAAGAACUGAGCAUAAUAAGGAUACCGCAGAUAUUAUGGAGAACCAUCUUACUGAUAGAGAGGGCAGGGAUCUGGACUUUAUGGAACACACGCCGUUGCCAGCGGGUUCCUCCAAUGAGACAGAAUCGGACUAUAGUCAUGGCAACGGGUUGGACAUCCCGGAGAUGGAUGAUGUGAUCUCAGACUGAUCACAACCGCAUGUCUUGCCUCAAAAAUUAUUCUUUUGUUCGUUUCAAAUACAUCAUUAGUUAAGAUUAUUAGCGAACAGAUGCUUUUGUACAGUUACAGGCCAGUGUAUCGAUCAUUCGAACUUAUACAUCUUGUAUGAUGCAGACAGCAUGGUUCUGUUCUUUUUUUGUUGGUUGUCUUCGUUCUUCGAUGCUGUACAUUUUUUCGUUGGUAGUUAACAUAUGAAACUUCCUUGCA